AUAAGUCAAAACAAAUAUAACCUUUAAAUAAUUGUUGAUGUUUUGUUAUCCUCAUUAUUGAAAUAUAGACGGAUGAUGACUUCAGUUCAAGAUCGCUUGAUGAAAAGAGACACUUUGGAUAAGUGGUCCAUAAGAGAGCAGCUAUGUCUUGCUUCGGCAGUGUCUCGUUGUGGAGAUCAAAAUUGGGUGGCAGUGUCAAGAGCUCUGAAACCUUUCAGUGAUCCGCAAAGGCCAGCAGAUUGGUUUCAUCAGAAAAACUGUGCAUUACAGUAUAGCAUGCUACUUGGAAAUGCAGAUGUACCAAAACGAAAGAAAAGAUCAUCCGGCACAGAUACUCCAUUGGACAUCUCACCUGAAAGUAUUUUGAGAAGGUUGAGUGCAGAGAGGCAGACAGAACUGAAAAAAGUUCUUGCUGAAGAGAGGGCCGAGUAUCGGAAAUUACAAGAAGACAUGGCAAUACUUCAGUCGGGUAAAGUAAGUGAAGAACAACUAGACAAAUGGUGUAAGGAAAUUGAACAGGAAGAAAAUCUGAAGGAGCAAGAAUCUACAGCAUACGCACAGUGGUUGAAAGAAAGAGAACAGCGUAAACAGGAAGUUGUAUGGCGUUCUAACAAACCUGUUCCCAUUGCUGGAAUCAAGCAUAAAAAUUCAGAUUCCCUUGAUAGUCUUAUUGAAACUGAACAUGUCGAUGAAGUACCUCAACAACAUCAGCAUCAGACUUAUCCUCAAACACCCGAGGCUUCCAAACUUGCUCCAUCACCUUUGCUUACUAGUUUGUUGAAGUCUCCAUCACAAGUGCAAAAUACUUCAAUGUUACAUACAGCAAUAACAAACAGACAUCCUACUCCAAGUACAAAUACCAAUCCAAUGAUAGCAAGUCUACUCAAUUCAUCCACUGGAGUGACGGUGUCACCUGGACUUCAGCAACUAGUCAGCACUGCAAUAGGCCAGGAGGCAAAUAUUGAAGAAGAACAACAGCAACCAAUAGGAAAUGACAUUCUAGAUGAUCCAAAUAUGCCGAAUAUAAAAAUAGAUGACUUGGCGAACAGUAUAUUAGUCCAAGAUGGUCCACUUCCAGAAAUAAAGAAAGAAGAGGUGGAUGAUAUAAUUUCAGAGAUAAUCGAAAAUGCUCAUGACAUUGUUUCGGACCCUGAACAGCACCUUCAACUGGAUGGAAAUGGUGAUAUUAACAUUAAUCUUGGCCUUGAAGAUUUUGAUGAAGAUGAUGAAGAAAUAAUUCAAGAAGUUGUUGAGUCGAAAGAACAUUCACAAGAAGUAACAAAAACAAAAGAAAAACUUUCAACCCCUGUAGUCGAUCCAUUUGAGUUUCAAGAGGAUCCUGUCAUUCACCUUGAGUCUUCUGUUAAAGUUUCUAAUAUGAAUAAACAAGAUUCUAAGCAGUAUGUUCCUCACUAUCAGCAGCAAACGCAGAUGCAUCAGCAGCAGGAACCCCAACAACAGCAGCAACUCCAACAACAGCAUCAAUCCCAGCAGCAGCAACUCCAACUGCACCAAGAGUCUCUUCCCCAAGUAGGAGCGGAAAAAAUAAGUGAAGGUAAUGAAGAAACAACGAUAGAAGAAACCAAAAAUGAUGAGGUGAAGGACGAAAUUCAAGAGGUUAAAGAAGAAAACUUGGACCAGGAACUCAUAGAAAAACAAGAAGAAUCAGAAGUUGUCAAAAUAAUGGAAGAACCACCAACUGAUACAAUCAAAAUGGAAGAUACUGCAGUUCCUGGGUCUGUAGAAAUAGUGGAAGUAGUUGGAACAGAGGAAGAGGAAAUCGAUAAAGAACUGAAUAAAUCUCAAAUACAGGACAUCGUACAUUCUAUCAAGUCCACUGAUUCUGAAGAAGUCAAAUCAUCACCAACAGAAAUAUAUGAAGAAAAAAUUAAAACCGAAACAGAAGAAAGUAGUCCAAUAGAUAGUAAAGAUACCGUGUCAAUUACAACAUGUGAAGAAUCAUCAGAAGCAUCUGACCUAACAGCUGAUAACAAGAAAGAGGUACCUUCGAAUUUGGAGGGACAGGAUGCGGCAGAAACAACAACACAUACUCCUGACUUCACGGAAGGGCUAUACGAUGAAAUGAAUAUGGAGGUAAAAAUUGAUAAGAGUGGCAAAGCAAAACGAGAUUAUUCCAGGACAAAGAAAAAAGAAGAAAAAGGUUUUGAUAUGUUACUGGCUAUUGAAAAAGCACAGCUCGAAGACAGUGAGUUAACAGAAGGGACUAUGAUAGAAAAUACAAUGGAUAAUGAUAAAAAAGAUAUCAAGCUGAAAGUAAAAUCUGACAAUGAUAGAUCUAACAGUCCUUGGACGGAAGAGGAUGAUAAUGCAUUACGCAGUAAACGGAGAUAUUCUACGCCUGCCACACCUAACGAUUCUAUCCCAAAUUCUCCAGCAUCCAGUUCUGCAUUUUACUAUGAAGAUGACAAGGACUACCGUAACUGGAAAAAAUCUGUUAUGUUGGUUUACAAUCGCUUAGCUACAAAUAAAUAUGCAUCGUUGUUUCUCAAACAUAUAACAGAUGACCAAGCCCCAGGUUAUAGUAGUACAGUUUACCGUCCAAUGGAUCUUCAGACCAUCAAAAAAAAUAUUGAAAAUGGUACUAUACGGACAACUCUAGAGUUCAAACGAGACACAAUGUUGAUGUUCACGAAUGCAUUAAUGUAUAACAGAACAAAUGAAACUAUCUACAAUAUGGCAUUACAAAUGCAGCAGGAGUCACUGGAGCCAAUACAAAUUCUUAUGUCAGCAGAAAGCCACAAUGAUGAUACACCUCUUCGAAGAGAAACAAGGACCAGCGAGUCAGGUACUAAGAGGAAGCGCACUAUAACAGACGAAACAUUGUUGAAGACGAAGAAACGAAAAGAGGACUAGCAGGCUAGUGUAAAUAACUAGACAUUGUUUGAAUAUAGUGAUUUCUUGCUUUGACUGAAAAAGAAUGAUUUUCAGUUGAGCAAACAACAAAUGCUGGGUUAAUGUAUAUGUAUAUAUGUAGUAUGUGUAUGUGGUAUGAAGAGUUUCCGACCUAACAAAGAUACAAGACAUUUUUUCAGAUUUUUUUUAUUUUUCAACAUAGUCUCCUUUUAACUCUACAACCUUUGCCCAGCUCUGUAACCUGUCCAAAUAGUACUUGAGACAUUUUUCUCUGCAAAAUAAUUGUUCACGAAGGUGAUUAAUUGCCUCUUCAUUUGACGAAAAUAUCUAACAUGCUCCUGCAAUGGUUUUUCCUUUUUAAAGAUAAUCGAUUGAAAUAACUCCAUGAUAAUCCCAAAUAGGCGCCAAAACUUGUAUUUAUUGCGCCUAAACUGCGCCAACAGAGCAUUGAAAAUGUUCAUUUGAACAUGUUUUUGGUUUAUAGCGAAUAAACACCUCACCCAAUGCACAGACAGCUUUUUCAUGCCUAAAAGUUGAUUUAAUAUGUGACAAACACUUUCUUUUGACAUGUUCAUCUCUCUCACUUUAGUUCAGCGGUCUUCUAGCAUCAUUUGGUGAAGUUUGGCGAAGUUUUUGGAUGUCCCGAACGUUUAUCGUCUCCCAAGCUCUUACGGCAACGUUUAAAUUCAACUGCCCAAAAUUUCACUGUGGCAAAUGAUGGUGCAAAGUCCCUAUACCCAGAAUUCAACUCAUUUUAUUUACGUAGGCGUAUUGCCUUUCAAGAACAAAUAUUUAAUGAUAGCUCGAAACUCGAUUUUGUCCAAUUUUAUAAAAAUUCCCAUCCACUCACUCAAAACAUUUACAUAAGAACUGUGCAUCUAAAAUGGCUGAGGCUUUUGGUGACUAACUGUCACUAGCUUUUACUUACGAGUGCUACUAUCUUCAUGUUGAGGUCAGAAACGUUUCAGACCAUUGGGUAUAUAUCUAUCAUUCAAAGACUUUUCCUCAUUUUGUUAAUCACCAAAUUGUUUAUUUGAAAAAAAUUGUAAUUAUCUAUCAAGUUUUAUGUAUUUAAUACAUAUGGAGGAUAUCAAGGAA